GAGUGGAGCCCUGCCAUGGUGCAGGUGCCCAGCUUGCAUGGGAUGUGGCAGGGAGGAUGCCCACAGCAGUAGAGCGUGGCCAGAGGGACAACAGAGCUCCCACGGGAACCACCCGGGGGACAGUCGGUGCUGUGGUGGCCUCUGGUUCUCGGGGGAUGCUCAGCGGCGGCUGUGGGUGCCAGUGGGUGCCUCGAUGUUGAGAGAGUGGGUUGGACACACCUGUAGUGUUUACUGGGCAGGGAGCGAGUCCUGGAAGGAGUGAGGCUGUUUGGGAGGGGGUGGGUGACGCGCUGGAGGGCAGUAUAAAGUCCAGGGUGCUGCGCUGGAGGCUGAGAACGCUGCGCUCCCCCAAGAGCUUUGUUUGUCCUGGAGCUGAGUGCAGGGCAGUGGCGGAUAGAGACGAGGGCAGGCGGAGCAGAGCUCUCCUGCAGGAGACAUGAGACCUUAGAGGGGCCAUUUGGGGCAACUCGCGAGGACCCUUCCUCACUGGCAGACGUGAGGAACCAUGAACUGGGCCGGCCUCUACACGGUGCUGAGUGGGGUGAACCGCCACUCCACCGCCAUCGGGCGCAUCUGGCUCUCCGUCAUCUUCAUUUUCCGGAUAAUGGUGCUGGUGGUGGCAGCUGAAAGUGUCUGGGGGGAUGAGAAAGCCGCCUUCACCUGCAACACCCAGCAGCCCGGCUGCAACAGUGUCUGCUAUGACCACUUCUUCCCCAUUUCCCACAUUCGUCUGUGGGCCCUCCAGCUCAUCCUUGUCACCACGCCAGCCCUCCUCGUGGCCAUGCAUGUGGCCUACCAGCAGCACCAGGAGAAGAAGCUGCUGAUGCUGACAGGGCAAGGAGAUGCCAAGCACAUGGAGGAGGUGAAGAAACACAAGAUGCGCAUAUCAGGUUCGCUGUGGUGGACGUAUGUCUGCAGCGUGGUCUUCAGGCUGGUCUUCGAAGCCGUUUUCAUGUACAUCUUCUACAUGCUUUACCCGGGCUACCAGAUGAUGCGACUGGUCAAGUGCGAGGCUUACCCCUGCCCCAACAUCGUCGACUGCUUCAUCUCCCGGCCCACUGAGAAGACCAUCUUCACCGUCUUCAUGCUGGUCACAUCCAGCAUCUGCAUUGUCCUCAACAUGGCAGAGCUGGUCUACCUGGUGGUGCGGGCCUGUGCCCGCCGAGGCCAGCACAACUCUAAUCCCUCAUCGGGGAAGAGCUCCUUCUACGGGCACAAGCUCUCUUCUGAGUACAAACAGAACGAAAUCAACCAGCUGCUGACGGAGCAGGACGGCUCCCUCAAGGACAUAUUGCGACGCAACCCUGGGCUGCAGGAGAAGGGCGACCGCUGCUCUGCCUGCUAGGGGCAAUGCUGUGGGGGUCCUGCCCUUGCCCUGGCCCCAUAGCCCCCCCGGCCUUGUGCUGCCCCUCUGCCAUGGAUAGCAUCCCUGAGGCACUGGGCUGUCCCACCCGACAGCCAGGAGGGUAUCUCAGGCCAUUAAAUCUCCAUUCUCAGGCGCUGCCUCCCUCCUUUCUGCUCCGGAUGGGAUGUGCUGGGUGGUCAGUGUGGGGUGCCCGCACUUGCACCCGAGCCCAAGUGGGUGCCACCAGGGGGCUGUGGGGGCUGCAGUGCCUGGGCUGGGGCUGCGGUGCCCUGGCAGCCUGCAUGCAGGAGCAGUGACCCCUGGGUGGCAUUGAGCAGUGUCCAAGGGCUCGCACUCCCCCAGCACCAGACCCUGCAGCCCCGAAUAUAUUUAGAAAAAUGCCCAGACCAAAAAUAGAGGGAAAAAGUUUCUGCAGUGGCUGUUUCAUCUGCCACUCACAAUGAAAGCCAAUGGGGCACGCAGCUGCCUUACACACCAAUAGCCCCGUGCCCACCGUCCGUACCCCACUGAGGAGCUGAGGACUGGCCAGGAAGGGGCCUUGCAGCAUCCUGCCCCAUCCGGACGAGAGGAACAGAGAGCACGGGAGCACCAGGCUCUGCCCCACGCACCUGACAACGGUGAGGGGUCCCCAUGCCGAUUGACACUGUGGUGUCCCCCAUGGUGCUCCCAGCUUGAUAGGGCUGAUUUCGGACUGAGGUGUUUGCUCCCGCUACC